CCUGCACAAGGCAGAGGGCUUGGCCGUGGCAUCUCACACUCGUUAAUAGUGGUCUUCAGGAGCAGGUGAUAAUGUCUUCCCCGUGCAUGUCCUCUCACAAUUUCAUUCCUUGAGACCCAGCUUUUCGGCCAGGAAGACGACUCAAUCCACCGGCAUCUGAGGAUAAUGAAUCUAUAGGAACCCAUCGCAUCUCAUCCUACAACCGACCCGACCCACCCAGACGCCGCCCAGGAAUCCAAACACCACUCCAGCAGAGCCCGAGACGUGUCUGUCAGCCUGUCACUCAUCAUCACCCCGCCCUCCCAGCUCCCCGUACAGAGAGACCCUCCGGACCUUUUAUCCAAUGCCCAAAAGCAGCAAGGCGGUCGCUCUUGACGAUGAUGUCACCGAGUCCGCCAGGGACCUGCUCUCCAACGAGGAGCCCAGCGAGGACGCCUUCAAGAAGAGCACCCUGAUCGUACCCCGGGAGGGGGCCCGCAAGGACCGCGACGCCGAGGGGGGUCCCGCCUCAGGUGGGGAGGAUGGCGAUGAGGAGGAGGAGGAGGAGGAGGAGGAGGAGCGGCCCGCCUGGAACAGCAAGCUGCAGUAUAUCCUGGCCCAGGUCGGCUUCUCCGUGGGGCUGGGGAACGUGUGGCGGUUCCCCUACCUCUGCCAGAAGAACGGAGGAGGAGCCUACCUGGUUCCCUACCUCAUCCUGCUGAUCCUGAUUGGGAUCCCGCUCUUCUUCCUGGAGCUGGCGGUGGGCCAGCGCAUCCGGAGGGGCAGCAUCGGGGUCUGGAACUACAUCAGCCCCCGCCUGGGGGGCAUCGGCUUCGCCAGCUGUCUGGUGUGCUUCUUCGUGGCGCUCUACUACAACGUGAUCAUCAGCUGGAGCCUCUUCUACUUCUCCCAGUCCUUCCAGCAGCCCCUGCCCUGGCACGAGUGUCCCCUCAUCAAGGAGCAGAACAGCACCUAUGUGGUGCCGGAGUGCGAGAAGAGUUCCGCCACCACGUACUACUGGUACCGCGAGGCCUUGGACAUCUCCGACUCCAUCUCGGAGGGCGCCAAGCUCAACUGGAGGAUGACCGUGUGUCUGCUGGCGGCCUGGACCAUGGUGUGCCUAGCCAUGAUCAAGGGGAUCCAGUCCUCUGGGAAGGUGAUGUACUUCAGCUCGCUGUUCCCCUACGUGGUGCUGAUCUGCUUCCUGGUCCGGGCCUUGCUGCUCAAGGGUUCCUGGGACGGAAUCCGUCACAUGUUCACCCCCAAGCUGGAAAUCAUGCUGGAGGCCAAGGUGUGGCGUGAGGCGGCCACCCAGGUGUUCUUCGCGCUGGGCCUGGGUUUCGGCGGGGUCAUCGCCUUCUCCAGCUACAACAAGCGGGACAACAACUGCCACUUUGACGCGGUGAUGGUGUCCUUCAUAAACUUCUUCACCUCGGUGCUCGCCACCCUGGUGGUGUUCGCCGUGCUCGGCUUCAAGGCCAACAUCAUGAGCGCCAAGUGUGUGACUGUGAACACCAAGAGGAUCGUGGCGUUGCUAGGCAACCAGCUGAGCCGCAACCUCAUCCCGGCCCACAUCAACCUGACGGAGGUCAGCGCCGAGGACUACCAGAAGCUGACGGACAUCAUCAGGGGGGAGAAGGGGGCGGACUACCCCAGCCUGGGCCUGGAAACCUGCAGCAUCGAGGAGGAGCUGAACAAGGCCGUGCAGGGCACCGGUCUGGCCUUCAUCGCCUUCACGGAGGCCAUGACGCACUUCCCGGCCUCCCCGUUCUGGUCGGUGAUGUUCUUCCUCAUGCUGAUCAACCUGGGCCUGGGCAGCAUGUUCGGCACCAUCGAGGGCAUCCUCACCCCGCUGAUCGACACCUUCAAAGUGCGCAAGGAGUUCCUCACAGUGGGGUGCUGCCUGCUGGCCUUCCUCAUCGGGCUGCUGUUCGUCCAGCGCUCGGGGAACUACUACGUGGCCAUGUUCGACGACUACUCGGCCACCCUGCCGCUGCUCAUCGUGGUCAUCCUGGAGAACGUGGCCGUGGCCUGGGUCUACGGCGUGGACAAGUUCUUUGAAGACCUGAAGGACAUGCUGGGCUUCACGCCCUUCCGCUUCUACUACUACAUGUGGAAGUACGUCACGCCCAUCCUGCUGCUGGUGCUGCUGGGCUCCAGCCUCAUCCAGCUGUGCAUGACCCCCCCCAGCUACAACGCCUGGAUCCAGGAGCUGGCCAUGGAGAAGCUGGUGGAGUUCCCUCCGUGGGGCGUGUUCGUCUGCAUCUCCCUGGUGGUGACGGCCGUGCUGCCCGUUCCCGUCGUCUUCUUCCUGCGCUACUUCAACGUCAUCGACGACAGCAUGGGUGGCGUGGGGGCCGUCUCCUACAAGAAGGGCCGCAUCAUCAAGGAGGUGUCCCGGGCCGACGAGGACGACGACGCCAGCCUGAUCCACGGCCGCUCGCCCAGCGAGGCGCCCUCGCCCAUGCCCGGGAAUAGCAUCUACCGCAAGCCCGCCGGGACCGGGGGCCCGGACUCUGACACCGCCCCCAACGGCCGUUACGGCAUCGGAUACCUGAUGGCGGACAUGCCCGACAUGCCCGAGUCCGACCUCUGAAGGCCGGACCCCUGAGGGUCUAGAGUUCUGAAGGUCAUGACCCCUGAAGGACUGGGCCUUUGGAGGUCUUGACCCCUGGGGGCCCAGACCUCUGAAGGUCCAGACCCCUGGAGGUCCAGACCCCUGGAGGUCCAGCCCCCUGGAGGUCCAGACCCCUGGAGGUCCAGACCCCCCAGCCUAACCACCCCCCUCUCGCGUGCAUUUAGCAGUCCAACCUCCCCUAUACAUAUUAUAUAUAUUUUUAACUUGUGCUGUAUAUUCUUUGUAGAUAUGGUAGCUGCUCUCAGUCUUCCUUUGGUCUGGGACACUUUGCGACGGUUCCAUCUUAUUAAUGGUAUGUCCUCAAUGUUUUUAUUUGUUGUUCCUCAUAACUUGGAUGUGUUCCUCGACCCAGCCCAUAUCUCCCUCCUUGGACCCCCCACACUAGAUUAGGGCUGAACGAUUUGGGGAAAUAAUCUAUUUGCAAAAAAAAAAUAAUCGAUUGCAAUAUUGGUCAAAAUAAUCGCAACAUCAGUUAAUACACACAUUGACACACCGACAGCAGAGUCAACCAUGCAAGGCGACAGCCAGCUCAUCAGGAGAAGUUAGCAACCUUUCGGUUUCAAAACAACGGCUCCACCUCCUGAGCUAAGCCGACCUACCUUCCUAAUGUCGUGUAUUAUUCACAAAAAAAUAAAUAAAUCAUUCUUUAGUAUGACCAACACAACAUUGGAAGCAGUCAAGAUAUAAACUGCUCUUUCCUUUAGGCCAGGCCGAUGUGUUGAGAUUAAUUUAUAUUAUUAACUUCUUUAUUUAACCAUUGAAUUGUAAAAUAAAGAAAUGAAUCGUGCUGAUUUCCAGUCAGUAACGUAACAAAUCACUCUUUUUAUCACAUCCUUUGCGAUUUGCCUACCGCGUUCUAUUACAUCGCGAUUUCGAUUUGAAUUUGAUUAAUCGUUCAGCCCUACCCUAGACCUCCCUCCGGAACUAGGUCCGGACCCCAGGUCCACCCCCCCAGUCCUCCUCCCCUCCCAGACCCCCCCGGUCGGGUAGAUGUUAGCAAUAAGGUGAACGAAUGGCAGACCUACUUCCUGCCACCUAGUGGUCUGAAGAAGAGGGCCUCUGUAGAGAAGGCCAGGACCCGGGGCGGUUUGGUCCCGGGACCCGCCGCCGGGUUCAGUUGUAAAUACGGUGGUGUACAUAAGUGACCCGGACUGGCCCACAUGUACCGGGUAUAGAAGCACUGGAGCACCCUGGGCCGGCUCCGAUUGGCUACGAUGAAAUCGACCAAUAGACGGCCGGCAGGAUGGCGAUUGGGCUACAUGGAUCGACUCGUUGAGGUCACUUAAGAGUAGCUAGUGUAGGACCCCCGAAGGCGUGGUCCGGUCUAGGAAAGGGUCCUGUCUACGCGAGGGUCCGGCCUGCGUAGCAAGCGGCUCUCAGACCCCAGGGUUUGGACCUGAACCAAGGGUUUAGACCCAAGGGUUUGGACCUGAACCAAGGGUUUAGACCCAAGGGCUUGGACCUGAACCUCGGGUUCAGACCUGAACCCAGGGUUUAGACCCAAGGGCUUGGACCUGAACCCCGGGUUCAGACCUGAACCCAGGGUUUAGACCCAAGGGCUUGGACCUGAACCCCGGGUUCAGACCUGAACCCAGGGUUUAGACCCAAGGGCUUAGACCUGAACCCCGGGUUCAGACCUGAACCCAGGGUUUAGACCCAAGGGCUUGGACCUGAACCCCGGGUUCAGACCUGAACCCAGGGUUUAGACCCAAGGGCUUGGACCUGAACCCCGGGUUCAGACCUGAACCCAGGGUUUAGACCCAAGGGCUUAGACCUGAACCCCGGGUUCAGACCUGAACCCAGGGUUUAGACCCAAGGGCUUAGACCUGAACCAAGGGUUUAGACCUGAACCCAGGGUUUAGACCCAAGGGCUUAGACCUGAACCAAGGGUUUAGACCUGAACCCAGGGUUUAGACCCAAGGAAUUAGACCUGAACCAAGGGUUUCGAGCCAAGGGCUUUGACCUGAACCCCGGGUUUAAACCUGAACCCAGGGUUUAGAUCUGAACCCCAAGGCUUAGACCCCAGGGUUUAGACCUGAAUCCAGGGUUUAGACCCCAGGGCUUAGACCUGAACCCCGGGUUAAGACCUGAACCCAGGGUUUAGACCAAAGGGCUUAGAACUGAACCCCAGGUUUAGACCUGAAUCCAGGGUUUAGAUCCCAGGGCUUAGACCUGAACCCCAGGUUAAGACCUGAACCCAGGGUAUAGACCUGAACCCAGGGUUUAGACCCCAGGGUUUAGACCUGAACCCCAGGGUUAGGACCCCAGGGUUUAGACCUGAACCCCAGGGUUUAGACCUGAAGAUCAAGAUCUAGAAACACAAAUGUUGAACGUGUUGAAAACCGAUUCAGUCAUUAUUCAAAGAAGAAAAAAAACUCAACAAAUCUGUGCCUAAAUGAUUUAUAUUUGUUUAUAGAAUACACGGUGGUUGUAUAUUUAAGGUAUUCUGUAAAUAUAAUAUAUAAAUAUUAUAAAUAUAUUUAUCUGGAUAAUUUGGUUAUCAGGACAGUGUUUCCAUGGCUCAGACGUGCUGGGGAUGUUAAUGCCGGUUUUCUUUUGUAUUGUGUACUAAUAUGCUGUCAUGUAUCGAGUCCUCGAACUGUAUAUACUUUUUCCAUCAAAUGGCUUAAAAUGCAAUGCCGCGCCCACCCC